UUUUUGGUGUUUUAAAACCCCCCACAACCUUACACUUUAUUUUACCUUAGAUACUUGAAAACCUAGAACACAAAAACAUGAAUCUGUGUUUUGAUGUAGAAAAGUGGAAAAAGGCAGAUUUUCUUGUGGAUUUCUACCUCUGUGUACUGUGGGAGUAAAAUAAUUAUAGAACAGUAGAAUGAGGAUUUUUUCUUUUGGAUUCACAUACUCUGCAUAGCCUGAAGUGCAUUAGCUGAAACCUAUGGAUUACUUUGCUGACAUUGGAAAUACGCAGAGUGAAAUCAUGAUUCAGCCUGAAGAAAUUGCUUCAAGUUCCCACACUUUCAAGCAGAAAUCUUUCAGGAAGUCAAAACUUUGUACCGUCUGUAAACAGCCUGUGGGCAAUCAAGGCAUUUCAUGCAGAGUUUGCAAGUAUGUUUGCCACAAGAAAUGUGAGACCAAGGUGUUGACUCCAUGCUUUUUACCAGUGAAUUAUGAAUUGCCGGAUAACACUGAUGCUUGUAUAAGCCAUGUAAGCAGAUCAGCAUCCAACAGUUUUUCAAAAAGCUCAUCUUCCUGUUGCGACAAAUUGUCUCAGAACGUGGACUUUGACCGCAUCAUGGAGGAAGGCUAUGAACUUGAUCUUACCUACAUCACCGAGCGGAUAAUUGCUGUCUCGUUCCCAAGUAGCUGCUCAGAGGAAACCUAUCUUCACAAUCUGCAGGAUGUUACACGAAUGCUCAAGUCAAAACACGGAGACAAUUAUCUGGUCUUGAAUCUAUCAGAAAAGAGAUAUGAACUGACCAAAUUAAAUACAAAGGUUAUGGAUCUGGGUUGGCCUGAUCUCCAUGCACCCCCGCUGGAUAAGGUGUGCAGUAUUUGCAAAGCUAUGGAGACUUGGUUAAAUAGUGACCCUUUGCACGUGGUUGUAAUUCAUUGCAGGGGUGGAAAAGGACGAAUUGGAGUAGUUAUUUCCUCAUAUAUGCAUUUUACUAAUGUUUCCGCAAGUGCUGACCAAGCUCUUGAUCGCUUUGCAAUGAAGAAAUUCUAUGAUGAUAAAGUAUCGAUAUUAAUGCAGCCAUCCCAGAAAAGGUAUGUCAGUUUUCUGAAUGGGCUUCUUUCUGGAAUUGAGAAAAUGAAUGCUACUCCCAUAUUCCUGCAUUAUGUUGUUAUCCAUGGAAUUCCAAGUUUUGAUACAGGUGGAGCGUGUCGGCCUUUUCUAAAGAUCUACCAGGCAAUGCAGCCAGUGUACACAUCAGGAAUUUACAAUGUUGGCCCAGAAAACCAAAGCAGAAUUGUCAUUGCUAUUGAGCCAGCUCAACUUAUUAAGGGUGACAUCAUGCUUAAGUGCUACCAUAAGAAGUAUCGUUCCUCCACACGUGACGUUGUUUUCAGACUGCAGUUUCACACUGGCGCAGUUCAUGGCAAUAGGCUGAUGUUUGCCAAAGACGAGCUGGAUCACGCAAAUAAGGAUGACAGAUUCCCUGAAUAUGGAAAAAUUGAAUUGGUGUUUUCAGGAACUCCAGAAAAAAUCCCAGGCGCUGGGAACUAUCAGAAUAACCAGGGAGUGAUAAUUGACUACAAUACAUCUGAUCCUUUGAUACGUUGGGAUUCUUAUGAAAAUACAUGUACGGAUGGUGAAGUUCUACACACUCAAGGACCCAUAGAUGGAAGUCUCUAUGCUAAAGUAAGAAAGAAAAGUAUGUCUGAUGGGAACAUUACGGUUAGUGACCCUCGUGUUCCUUUGACCAGCAGCCCAGAUCACAGUGACCACACCUUAUCUGUCAGCAGCGACUCUGGGCAUUCCACUGCAUCUGUUAGAACAGAAAGAAUAGAAGAAAGGUCUGGAUCAAGGAUCAAGAGAGGUUUGAGCCCCCAAGAGAAAGCAGAACUAGAUCAGCUGCUCAGCGGUUUUGAGGUAGACAACCCAGCAGGUUCCCUGAAGGAUAUGACAGAUGCUCAAAACAAGUACAGUGGGACUCGUCAUGUAGUCCCAGUUCAAGUUCAUGUCAAUGGAGACACUAAACUCAAAGACAGGGAAACUGAUAUAUUAGAUGAUGAAAUGCCCAAUCAUGAUUUACAUAGUGUAGAUAGCAUUGGUACUUUGUCAUCGUCAGAGGGGCAACACUGCAACCAUCUUGGAAAUUUUAGUUGCCACAAAAGCAGUCAGAAUUCUCUGCUUUCUGAUGGCUUCAGCAGCAACACUGGAGAUGAUCACCACCAUGCCUUAGCACCUGAUCUUGGCAUCAGUGUUGACCCAAUAUAUGAAAGAUCGUAUAGCAUCAGUGAGCCAAAGCCUGUUCAGCAACCAACAACCCAACCUCCUCCCUAUAUACAGAGUAACUACUCAACACAGACUUGGGUUCGUCAACAACAGAUGGUCAGCUCACAUCAGUACAGCUAUUCUGCAGAUAAUGAGGGAAGGUUUGUCAUACAUAACACUUUAGAGACUGCUAACAUUCCAGACACACCUAAAGUACUUUCAACAGCUAACAGGGACCUGAAUAGCAGAGAUAAUGUGCAAAGGAGUUUGGGAAAUAUGCCAAAUUCCACUCAAGAACAGAGUUCAGAGUUUUUCAGAUGUGGAAUAGUAACUGAUACAACACAAAAUGGAUUAGAGGUAAAAUAUGAGGACAUGCCAUCUUCUCCAACUCUGGAUAUCGACCAGUCCAUUGAGCAGUUAAAUAAAUUAAUUUUGGAGUUGGACCCAACAUUUGAACCCAUUCCAACUCGAAUGAACACAAGUGUCAAAAAUGGUAGUCCUUUGAAUAACUCUGCAGAUGCUGGUAUGCAGCGUGGUGGACUUGCGCAAAAUUCUGUAGAAUCAGAGAAAAGGGAUUAUGUGAGCAGGACUAACUCCCAAGAAGUGUCAAACACAGAAAAAGUUUCUUUGGCAAGAAUAAGAAAAUUAAGUUUUGGACAGUAUGACAAUGAUGCUUCAAGUCCGCAGCAGUAUCCCAAGCAUGGCUGGAAGAAAUCUCCAGAACAGGAGUCAAUUUCUAGAUCAUUUAUGGUUGGACAAUUAACUGAGGGUGGUUAUCGUAGUUUUCAAGGGGACUUUGAUGAAGUAGACAGUAUAUUCACUCCUUCAAAAAAUGUGAAUGAAGUUGUCCCACCUACACCAGCAUUUCCAGUUUCACCAGAAACACCAUAUGUAAAAACACCAAACUUUUCUGGAAUAAUUGAGGCCGGGCACCAGAUCUGUAAACCUACAGAUAUGUACAGAUCAAGGCCUGAGCCACAGAAUUACAGUGAAGGUUUGAAUCAUUCCACUCUAUUGUCUGAAAAUUCUUUGACUGAGAUGCAGGGGUCUUCCAUUUCAAGACCAUCAAAUUCUUCAUGCAAUGCCAGCAGUAUCAUUUCUAUGACAAGAGGAGAAAGCAAUGUUUCUGAUGUUGAACAUUUCUGGAUGGAAAAUGCCUCAAGACCAUCACUUUCUUCUCAGCCUUCCUUGAGAAGUAGGUCUCCAGCAACUUACAUUCAGCCAUCCGAAUAUCCACAAGGCCCAUUAAUGGACAGAUCGAUGUUAUGUCAUGCAACAGCAUCUGGGCUUCAGACUCUUACAAUUGGCAACCAAGAAGGCCUUCAAGGAGAUCUUCCAGAACAUUCCACCAGUACAAAUAGCCAAUCAUACCUGAACUUUGACAUUAGUGGUGGCACUAAUAACCGACCCCUGCUGGAUGAGAAGCAGGUAUCGUUCAUCGCUAGUGCAAAUGGCUCCCCAAGAAGCGUAAGAACCCAAUUCUCUGGUGACAAUGGACUAAGUCAAGGUAGCCCUAUUCUGCAGCAUGUAAUAAAAUCAUUGCAUUCCCAACCUCCCCUCCCAGAGAAGAAGCGGAUUUCUGAAGGCGAUCGGUCAUUGGGGUCCAUUUCUCCUUCUUCCAGUGGGUUUUCCAGCCCUCACAGUGGAAGUACAGUCAGCAUUCCCUUUCCAAAUGUCCUUCCUGACUUUUCAAAGCUUUUAAGUGACUCUCCAAUUCCAGAAAAUUCAACUGAAAAGCACAUGACAGUGAAAUUUGUCCAGGACACUUCUAAGUUCUGGUAUAAGCCAGAUAUAUCAAGAGACCAAGCUAUUGCUGUUCUGAAGGACAAGGAACCAGGUUCUUUCAUUGUUCGAGACAGCCAUUCAUUCAGAGGAGCAUAUGGCUUAGCUAUGAAAGUUGCAACGCCGCCUCCUUCAGUUUUACAGCUCAACAAAAAAGUUGGAGAUCUGACAAAUGAGCUUGUCAGGCAUUUCUUGAUUGAAUGCGUUCACAAGGGAGUAAGAUUGAAGGGAUGUCCAAAUGAACCUUACUUUGGGAGUUUGACAGCUUUGGUUUAUCAGCAUUCCAUUACUCCACUGGCAUUGCCUUGUAAAUUACUCAUCCCUGACAAAGAUCCAUUGGACGAGAUUGCAGAGACAGCUCCACAGACAGCUGCAAACUCUGCUGCUGAACUUCUGAAGCAAGGGGCAGCAUGCAAUGUUUGGUAUCUCAAUUCGGUGGACAUGGAGUCGUUGACGGGAUAUCAGGCAGUGCAGAAAGCUUUGAGCAUUACUCAAGUACAAGAUCCACCCCCUAUCUCAACUGUGGUACACUUCAAGGUGUCUGCUCAAGGAAUCACAUUAACAGACAAUCAACGCAAGUUGUUCUUCCGAAGACAUUACCCUGUAAACACAGUGAUAUUCUGUGCCCUGGAUCCACAAGACAGAAAGUGGACAAGAGAUGGACUUUCAGCAAAGGUUUUUGGCUUUGUAGCAAGAAAAGGCACCGCCAAUGACAAUAUCUGUCACCUAUUCGCAGAACAUGACCCAGAGCAACCAGCUAGUGCCAUAGUGAACUUUGUAUCAAAAGUCAUGAUUGGUUCUCAGAAAAAAAUGUAGAGCUUUGCCAUCAAAGGACUGUUAAAUGCAGAGCUCUUUUCUGGUGUUCUAAACUUGGGACAGAGAACCAAUCACAUUAUAAACUUGGGACUGUGAGUAAAUCACUUUAUAAUCCGCAUUCUCCCAGGAAAAAAAAAGCACUGGCAGAAUCAGAAGCUAAGAAAACCGCAAGAAUCUGGAAGCCAAGUUCUUGGAAUGUUCUGGUUUUAUUUUCAGUCUUCCUUUUUUUCACUUUGUGGGUCCACAGAUAAGCAUAAUAUACAGGGAAACAAUGUUGCUUAUAAUUUGAAUCAAAUUUCUACAGCCAUAAUUUGCAAAUCCGACAAUUUUUCAUUUGCUUUAUACGAAAUCCGCAUUCUAAUCCAUUGUUAUUGGGUGGCAAGCUGGAUUCUUCUAUGUGUUCAUAAAUGUGCUAUAUCUAAAAAAAAAUGUUGACUGGGUGAAUACACCCAUACAUUGUCAUAAUCUGAAACAGUGCAAGUGUGUGUAUGACUGUGUGUCUGUAUAUGUGUGUGUGUGUAUGUGUAUAUAUAUAUAUAUAUAUAUAUAUAUAUAUUGUUUUAAAUAUCUUUGUUUAAAAAAUGUGCAGCCUUUUAGUAGUUUAGGUUCCUUGAAAAAUAUUGUGAAAUCGAAACACUAAACUAGUUAAUCUGAAAACAUUGAAAACUGUUACUGGGCAACUUAUAGGACAAAUCCAUACUAUUUUUAGUUUAUGACAAUGUACUUUUCAGCAUAACGUCACUUUUAGAGUCCACUUGGACAUAAUAAACUUUUGAACCCCUGAGAGGCCUGCAACACAGCACAUUGCAGCUUGUCUUUUGACAGAUGGGUGUAUUUCUUUAUUUAAAAACUGUCAAAGCAGAAAUGAAUUGAAAGUAGCACGAGGAGCCUUUCCUGCAAGGAUGUUGGAUGAAAAGUCUACGCAUGUCAUUCAAAGAUGGAUUGUGCACGUUGUUCUGAAGGCGAUGCGAAGAGGAACUGGCGUUUUAAAUGUUUAUAAGAGAAUAUUCAAAAAGGUGAACUGCAAGUUGUUUUCUAAAGACUAUUCUGAAAGUUUAUUGAAAAUGAUGUAGGAAAUUGAAUGAGGUCACAAAAAUAGAAAGGUUCUUUCAUACUGAUUGUAUUCUAUCCCUGAAUGCAUUCUUCAUAUUUACACGCAACCUUUAUGUUUGAGGAUGUCUGCUAUAUGAAGUGACAAGGUAUCCUCUUGCAAACACAUAUACACUAUAUAUGCCAUACAAAGGAAGUCUAAUGAAUAAUGACUAACAGCACUUGGGUCUUACUGGGAAGAAAUGAAUAAAAAAAAGGUUUAUGAUUCUAUAGAAGUUUUUGCAUUAGCACCUGUUAAUAAAUGUAAAAGAAAAACACAGAUUUGCAAGUAUCACUUAUUGUGUAAUUUUAUGUAUCUGAGAGAGGGAUAAAAAAUGUGAUUUGUAUGUUGUAUAUUUUACUUGUGCCAAAUGAGUUGCAUAGCAUUGUUACAAGGAUUAUUUUACACCAUAAGUGCAUUCAUUUGUUGGUGUGUUGUAAAUGUGGUCUUUAACCAUUCACACUAAACUAGUUGUCCUAAUCUCUGAUUUUUAGCUUCAAAUUUGAGUUUUCUGUACAAUAUGAAAUUAGUCCAGGUUUUUUUUUCUCCAUGAAUUUGUGUAGUGAACACAGUACAGUUGCUAUGUCUCUUAAUCACCCUGAGAUUUCCUGUGCAGGCGGUUACAUCUGAUUUUUAUAAUGCUGAAAAUAUAUUUCCUAUAUUAAAAACAGCAGCACAGUAUUCAGUUUUGUUUGUAUAUUUAUCAUCUUGAUUUCAUAUGUUUGCCUAGAUUAAUAUUUCACCAUGAUCUAACACUGUGUGAUAACUGCACCAACAUCUGUAUUAUUUUCAGAAAGUUAUUAACCUAAACCUUUUUAUUUGCUGCUGUAUAACCUGUAUAUAUGCAGUAAUGAACCAAAUGAUAGCUUUUCUCAUAAAUAGUUAACCAUUAAUGUUUUGUACUUGCUAAAGUGUUGCAGAUCAUUUUAAAUCUGCAUUUGUAUUACAUUUAAAGUGACAAUAAAGUCAUUAUUUGACAUUCAUGAUUUAGACAGAGCACACAAUUUCAAACAACUUUCCAAUUUACUUCUAUUAUUUAAUUUACUUCCUUCUCUUGUUAUCUUUUGCUGAAAGGUUUAUCUAGGAAAGCUCAGGAGCAUCAAAGAACCUAGGUUCUAGCUGCUGAUUUGUGGACAGGUGUAUUUAUAUACCGAUUGUUAUUGGCUUACCCAUGUGUUCAGUUAGAAAACAGUAGUGUUGCUCCUUCAACAAACGAUACAAAGAGAAUGAAACACAUUUGAUAAUAGAAAUAAACUGGAAAGCUGUUUAAAAUUGUAUGUUCUACCUAAAUCAUGAAAUAAAAAUGUUGGGUUUCAUGUCCCUUUAAAUAUGACAAUAAUAAGCAAUUAUCUUUUAUCUGUAUGUUAAUGACUCAUAUUAGUGCAUUUCUUGCUUUGUCCUUAUUUGUUGGUACCACAUGUAUACAGGCUAUUGGCCCCAGUUCUAGAAUAUCGGUGUAUUGUUAGGUGUUUGCAUUUAAGUUCCUAGACAUUUUUUUAUUUCUUUGCAAUGAGUUCUGUAAAUAGUUACAACUUUACACUUUGCCAUCCAGUAGUUCUAAUUUACAUCAAAACCUCAUUCUAAUCACAAAACCUUAAUUUAACUGGUUGAGUAUUCUUAUUUAAUAUGGAGCUUUUAUGAGUUCUGUUUAGUGUUACCAUUUACAGCAGUUGAGAAAAUAAUAGUUGUUCCAAAUGUGAUCAAGUCAAGAAAUCAUUAUCUUGUAUUAGCAACCAUUAGCGUAGAUUACAGGACCAUCACAUAGAACUGGACUUGAAGCUAAAGGCCAAAUAGUUCAAGUGAGACAGUUUGAAACUUUAAAAUGACAUUAAAGUCAAUUAUUUUUUUAUAUGCAUCCAAAAUUAUUCAUUGCAACAGAUAUGUAUACACAAACUAUGCAUUUACACCUCUUGUUUUAUAACUUUACUGUUGGAGGCAGAUAUAAAUCAACGUCUGCACAUAGCCAAUUGCGCAGCAUGUGUCAGACUUCUGUACUCCAUGGAAUUCACUCCAUCCCCUCUGGGGGAGUUGAAAAAUGAUCAUUUUAACAUUUAAAUGACAGGAAAAGCAGGCAAAUUAAAAAAGGUGCAUUGCAUUUUUUUAAAAUAUUUUAUGGGAAAUGUCAGUUUAAAUUAAAAGCCAUAACGCAAAAAGGAUUGUUGCCGUAUUUGUCCCACAGAGAAUGUUUCUUUAGUAGAUUGUGAUAACUUUUAACAAAAAAAAAAUAUAUUUUUUUAUUCCAUAAGCUUUCAAGACCUUACUGUUCUCUUCUUCUCUACAUCAGAGGACGAGACCUGUGAAGUCUUGAAAGCUUACAGAAUAAAAAAAACUUAAUUUUGUUAAACCAUUAAAAGGCAUCAAAAUCUACUAAAGGAAUAAAGAGCCAUGUCAUUUUGUUUUUAAUAGCAUGUGAUAUUCAGGUGUUGGAAAAAAUAUGUUAAAGGGAUCCUGUACUGUCAAUAUUUUCUAUCAUUGACUAGAAAGAGCAGCAUUAAAGGGCCACUCAGGUUAAAUUAAACUUUCAUGAUUCAGAUAGAGCAUGUAAUUUUAAACAACCUUCCAAUUUACUUCCAUUAAAAAAAAUGUGCACAGUCUUUUAUAUUUUCAAUUUUUGAGUCACCGGAUCCUACUGAGCAUGUGCAAGAAUUCACAGACUAUACGUAUAUGCAUUUGUGAUUGGCUGAUUGCUAUCACAUUGUACAAGGGGAGUGGAAAUAUAACUUUGAAAUUUGUUAUAAAAAAAUCUACUACUCAUUUGAAGUUCAGACUAAGUGCUAUUGCAUUGUCUUGUUAUCUUGCAUUUGUUGAUUAUGCAAAUCUAAUGUGUUGACUGGUUCUUUAAAUAUAGGAAUUAUCAGGAAGUACCUGUCACCCAAUGAACACUUAUGGGAACUACCAAACUGGUAGCGCUUCAUCAGUUUCAGUUUAAAUUUAAGCAGUUUUUUAAAACCUUUUCAGGCAAUUUUUCACUUAAAUGAAAAUAUUUUUUUUCAAUACACAGCCCCUUUCAACUAUUGUUCACAAGCAAAUCUUAUUCCACAAUAUUGCAAUUAUUCAAAUUUUGAAAGACAUGAAAAUGAACCGGUCAUGAUUUGGAUAGAGCAUGGAAUUAAAAAAAAAAUCUAUCGGUAUCAAAUUUGGUUUCUGCUCUUGGUACCCUUAAUUGAAUAACAUAUCUAGAUUUGCUGAGGAGAAGAGUUCAUGUGUCUUAAACACGCUCCUGAGCCUACACAGGUAGGGUCUUCAAAAAAGGAUACCUCGAGAACAAAGCAGAUUAGAUUACUACUUUGAUUGUUUCCAGAAUGCUUAUUUUUACUGCUCGUAUUGCUGAUCAACUGGGAGAUAACAUACUUUUUUUUUUUUUUUUUUACCUUUAUGCGCUUUUGUAGUGUAAGCAUAUUUUAAUGGUAUAUUACCAUAUAUUUUUAUAUGAUAUAUUUUUAAAGCUACACAAAUUUAGCAGUAGUUUAUAAACGUGUAUCUGGUAUUCUAUAACACUUUUCAUACUAAAAAUAUUACAGCACUUCUUUUGUAGUUUUGGUUAGAUUUUCCACAGGUACUGUGAUCUUUUUACUUAGCAAAAUUAUGACUAUACCAGAUGUAUUCAGCUACAUCCAGUUAUCGUACUUUUUAUUUUUUCUGAUUUUAAUAUACAGUGUUAAUAAAUAAAAAUGCAAAACAGAUGAAAGCCAUGUUUAAUAAAAUAAUGCCAGUGUAUUUAUCAAGCCACUGUAAUGUCAUUUAAUAUAUAUAUAUAUAUAUAUAUAUAUAUAUAUCUUAUUAGUUCUAUGCGUUUAUGUUCUGUAAAAAUGUAUCCACUUUGUAAAAAAAAAUAAAUGCUCUACACAUAUUAUGUAUAGUCAUUUACUUUGCUUUGAAAUAUCAAUUUUAUUUAGAUUAUAAUAAAAUGUGAAUUUAUUAAAAUGC